ACAGCGACGGACGACCCUCUCCGCCGCCAACGAAUGCUGCGUUCGCGAGGAGCAGUACGAGCUGCUGCGAGCCCCAGAGAGGACGGACGAGUCCCCGGUAACAAACAAACAACGGCGACACGGCAAACUCCACCAAUUUAAGCGGAGCGCAGGUUGAAGAAUGGAGUUGGCCAACCAUGGUCUUAUCCUGCUGCAGCAGCUUAACUCUCAGAGGGAGUUUGGCUUCCUGUGCGACUGCACUGUGGCUAUAGGAGAUGUCUUCUUCAAAGCCCACAAAGCGGUCCUCGCUGCCUUCUCCAACUACUUCAGAAUGCUCUUCAUUCAUCAGGACAGUGACUGUGUGCGCCUGAAGGCUGCUGACAUACAGCCAGAUAUCUUCAGCUACCUCCUCAACCUGAUGUACACAGGCAAGCUUGCACCCCAGUUGAUAGACCCUGCACGGCUGGAGCAGGGGGUCAGAUUCCUGCACGCCUAUCCGCUCUUGCAGGAGGCCAGCCAGUCUGUGUAUUCACACCCUGAGCACAGCAUCAACCUGUCCACCUCCCUCUACGGCAUCCAGAUCUCUGACCAGCAGGUAGCGCUGUCAGCCAGGGUGCCCUCUCGACGGCAGCUCUCCUCGCCUUUUGACAUGGAGCAGCUCAGCUCGGAGGGGAAGUAUCCGUCCACGCCAGCUGCCACAGCUUCAUACGCAAAUUCCUUACCGUCCAAGCUAGCUUCCUCGCCCCUAGAUGUGGAGGCCUCGACGAGUGGCACCAAGCCCGCAGUAGAGGAAGGAAUGGACUUGGUAAGUGCAGAUGGCUCCUCAGCAAAUGCCAUCCUCCAUGUAAAGCCCAGCAUCAUGAAGAGGAGUUCCUCCUUUAGGAAGCAUUACUCCUGUCAUCUGUGCGGGAGCCGGUUCAUCCAGAGAAGCCUGCUGAGAGAGCAUCUCCUCCAACACACCCAGGCUCUGCAGCAGGCUCCAGCUGAGCCCAGCGGUGCACUCUCACCCGUCAUGACUGGAGAACAUAGCAUGCUAGAGGUAGAGGGGGUCCUUAAGGGAAGCAAGGCGGGGUCAAGUGCCUUGGCAUCCACUACAGCAGUAGAGAUAAUCAGCGACAGCGAGCAAACGCCUGUUUCAGGUACCAACUCGGACUCUCCCCGAGCAGAGGUGUCCACGUCCAGCUGGGGGGUGGGAGGAUUAAAUUCUCAGGCAGACACACCGCCUCCGUCAGACAUUGCGGACAUCGACAACCUGGAGAGCGCCGACUUGGACAGGGAGGUGAAGCGGCGGAAGUACGAGUGCUCCACCUGUGGGCGCAAGUUUAUUCAGAAGAGCCACUGGCGUGAACACAUGUACAUCCAUACGGGCAAGCCCUUCAAAUGCAGCGCUUGCGGCAAGAGCUUCUGCCGGGCCAACCAGGCGGCCCGCCACGUGUGCCUGAACCAGGGGGCCGACACCUAUACCAUGGUGGACCGGCAGAGCAUGGAGCUGUGCGCCGCAGGCGACGACAGCAGCCAGAUGGAGGCAAUGUUCUCUGGCUCGUCAAAGCCUUACAAGUGUAACAUUUGUGCGACCACCUUCUCCAGUCCCAACGAGGUCAUCAAACACUUGUGCUUCACCCAAGGGGGGUUAAUGGGGCUGCAGGGAAACACGGGCGCAGGGAUGCUGCUCCAGCGUGAGGAGUUUUCCAAAGAUGAAGGCUCUGAUUUGUCCAACUCUGGCACCCCACUGGAACCCAUAAAGACUGAGGAAAUCCUCGUAGAGUAGUGCCAAAAAUGUGUAUUUGUCCUUUUUAACGCGUGUGUUUAUAUUCUAAGUUAUGGUUAAUAGGUAAGCUGAAGGUGCAGUUAGUCAGGGUAUGUAUGUUAGAGGCUCUCAAGCUACUAAAACUUUUUUCUUCCCUUUUUUUUGGUACAAUAUUUUGGAAAUUUUUGGCCCUGAGUAUGAAAAAAGUCUUAAAUAGUAAAUUAAAUAGCUCAUAGCUCUCUGGAGUUCAGUCCAACAUCAUAAGAAAAGCAAGCAACAUUAAAAUAUGAGUCAAGGCUUAAGUUGAAUACCAACGAGGGAGAGGAAGUAGCUAUCAGCUUGUCUCAUCUCAUCGUUUUAUUGUUGGUGCGCAUUGGUAUAGGACUCUCACAUGUCAGGCUGCACCACAUUGUAUUCGUCCUGAAGAGCUACCGUUGUGGUGAGGCUGCACAGGCGGACUUUUGAGUGUAAAAGGAAAAGGAAGCUGAGGCACUUCCGGAGCAGACAGCAGGUUGUGAGAUGAGUGGGCCGCGUCAGAUCUGCCCUGCCUCUGGAGUUGCACACAAGAGUCGUUUCUUCUUGGUCAUAAAUGAGAUGCUGAUUCUGCACAUCAGGUAUAGAUUAUAAAUCCAGCUAAGAGCACACAAUAUAUUGCCCUGAGACAAUCUGUGCUCCUUUUUUUGACUUGAUGCCCCAUAUCGAGGAAAGUACAUUUGUCUUCCAUUCAUGUUUUGGUUGACUCGGCAGAAUGAAUACCUUGAAAAGUAAUGACCGUUAUUUUCAUCCUUCUCAGCAACCGUUUAGUUGUUUUACUCUGUGUUUUGUUGACUGUGCUAAGUGUGAGUAUGUCAUUACACCAUAUUAAAGCACAAUUGAUCUUCAUAAUAAGAGUCUGGCCACUCGAAGUUGGUCACAACAAGCAAGAAUGGUUUACAGUUGAGCCACUUUUAUUCUGUUUUGACUCAUUUUUACUUAUGUUGUUGAACUCUUUGGUCACUGAAGAAGCAUCGUGUUCCAAUCAAACACACAUACCUUGAUGGAAGGCUGUCCUGUACAAUAUUGUACAUCUUGUCUUUGUAUAAUUUGCUUUAAUCUGCUUCUAAAAGCCCUUAGUAUUUGUUUGACGUGCUUUUCUAAUUUUAUAUACAAUGCUAUAUUUACAAAGAUUACUUUAUAUUGCAAAAGUUGUAUGUAUAUUAUUAGACAAAUAGCUUUCAAAAUAGGAUAACAUUUGGUUUAGCAAAGGUUUAUGUAUUAGGGAUGGGCAUGAUGAAUUUAUCUUUAACUUCCUUAAGAAAUAGGUUAAAAGAGGUAAGAAUUGAAAAAGAUUUUUUGGGAUUUUACGUCUCUUCCCCUAGUUCCUAACCUCCUUACUCACUUUGUGCAAAGGGAAACAUCAUCUCUGUCAUGUCUCAGUAAGACCUUCUGACAUUUAUAUUUGUUCUUUAAAAAAAAAAAGUGGUAGUAGCGACACAAGUCAUUUAUAGAAACAACAGUGUGGGAAAGAAUAUGCAGGUGAACGAUGCAGAGGUUGUAGAGUCUGAAUGCUCCACCUGUCAGUGUUGAAGUCAUGUGAGCUCAGGCAGGGAUUACAACGGGAUACAGGGAGAGUUAGCUUUAAUGAGAAGCUAUUAUAUAAACUGACAUCUCUCUAUAUACCCGACUGUCUGGAUACAUGUGUGUUACAGGAAUAAAAAUAAAAAAAAGCUAUUUAUUAUAAGUUACAGCAACACACAAUUGUUUGAGACACCAGAAACAUGUUCUAUGUACUACUGAUGACUGGACAUUGUGAAGAAUCUUUACGUACAUGUUCAAUUAAUGUGUAGCAGUCGUAUAAAUUGUCUUGCUGAAGCAUGUGAAGUGUAACAGUAGCACAGGUAGCAUAACACAGGUUGUUUGGGAACAAAAUGCUCAAUUAGGCUCUUGUCAGGCCAAGAUGGUCUGGUUUAUGCAAAUUUAAAACAUAUCAACAUCACAGUCUUCAGUUAUAUUUUGGUUUUGUUUUUCAUUGCCAUUACACUGAACAUAACUCAUAGAGAUGCAGUGUUUUUUGUUUUUUUUUCUCUAUACAUAUGUGAAUAUUAAGAUGAAGUUAUUUUUGGGAGGCUUGUAAAACUGUCUUCAUAUUGUUAUUGUUCCCUCUAGUGGAAAAUAAAUUCUACAUUGUAUUGCUUUUGCUACAACAUUGCCUUUUUUGCUGCACUGCAACCAUAAAUUGUGGUGAGACGAUGUGAGAUAUUCAACUUUAUCCAAAAAGCCAAAAAAUGAUGUCUCUCAGUCUGACAUUUGUCUUCCAAAUUUCUACGAGGCGACACGUCUGGCCCAGCAGGAAAAGCUAGACGUAGAGAGCAGUUCCGUUUUUCAGAAGGCUGUACUAUAAUUAUUAUUUCAAGGCAGAGUUGUUGCCUGAGCAACACAAAAGCUCAUUAAUGUGUAUUGUACAAAAGUAUUUUAGAUGUAGUCUUUGUUGGAUUCAUUGACUUGAUUCCAUCUUUUCAUUAUAUUAAUAAUUUUUGUGAAAAUAUGAAAAACAUGCCCAUCCCUAGUAUGCCUCAUGUGUGUAAUCUGUUUGCUUGUUUGUUUUUUGAGCCAAUUCACCCAGCCAAUUGUCCAGUUAGGUAUAAGGUGGGCUUUUUGUACUUAAAUCCCGCUAUAGAAAGUAUUGAAAAGCAGUUGCCGCUUUGGUGCAAUGAGCCCAGUGUGUGGCUAGAUGGAGCUGUUUUUCUUAUUUGUCUACUCAGGUCUAGUGAGGGGGAAGGCUGUCAAAUUUGAAGUAAUAUCUUUCCUAGUGUUUUUGUGGUGUGGUUGCCAAUGAUAUGACCAUCUUUGCCAUAACUCAAUAUUCCAUCACAUUUCAGUUCACAUUAAAAAAAUCUGUGAACAAGUGUUCCGUAUGAUUAACAGGGAAGGCCUCUUGGUUGUCUUGAUUCUGGCUUGUUUUGUUGAAGGGAUUGAAACGCUGUACUACUGACAUUCAUUUCUCAGAGCUCAGCUGAUACACAGAAAUAUGCACACCUUUAUGAAAAGCUGUUAUUGUUCUUCGACACCAGUCUUGUAACUUAAUGGUCGUAUAUGUGUUAAAACAUCUCAGGAAGAUGAGAAGCUCCACAUUGUCUUUUCUACCCUCUGUUGUUUUUGUCCAACGAUAAUCAUUCAUUUCCGUCCCACGAUCCUUCUCCCCAAUGCCCAUCUGACGUCUACUGUGAUCAAUCUGUGUUCUCAGGAAUGUGAGUAAUUUUCUGUAUAAACAUCUUUUUGUUUUUCAGUGAAGAAUGAACAAUAAAAAACAUGUCUUUUUUUA